AUGCAGAGAGCAAAAGAAGCUGCUUCGAAUGUUGCCGCAUCAGCAAGGUCCGGCAUGGAGAAAACCAUGGCCGCCGCUGAGGAAAAGGCUGAGAAAAUGAGCACCAUGGACCCUGCGAGGAAGGAGAUGGCGGAGGUGAAGAGAGACCAGAGGACCCGUGAGGCGGAGCUUGAGAAGCAAGCCGCUUACGACCAGAACGCUGCCGCGAAACUGGCGGCUCAAGGAGGAAGAGGUUACGGGGUUCACACGGCAGCUGCACCCGGAGAACACAUCCACGGCGGUCAGGGCUACACCACUGCCGCCACAGGACGUCAUCCCGCAACCGGUGUGUUGGACCCAACCGGGAUGGAAACGCCGGGGGUUGUGGACCCUGAUACGGUCCGGAGGCACGAUGAAGGUAAAAGGGUUGGGGUGCAGGAUCCAAAUGUUGCUGGGGGUACCACCACUGGUUAUGGAGCCGGUUCAACUGUUUAA